GCACCUGCACAGUAUGCUGGGAGCUCUUCCAGUCGCGUUGCUUUGGUUGAGAGUUGGGAGAAAGAACGAGGAGGACGUAGCGUCCAUAUUGUGCAGAGACAAAAGAGAGUCGAGAGUAUGGACUAAAGAAGAAACAAAACAUAUAAAUGUAUUAACACCUUCGUUGAUCGCAUACAAGAAGGCAUUCUACAAGUUACGAGAAUUCACAGCAGUUUUCCAGAUCGUUCAAGCUGACUGCUGGUCACGGAAGACAACAGACUAAAGAGAGAAGGAGCAAGAACUAUUAAACCAUCAAAGCACAGACUUCAAAGUUACCAAACUGGAUUCCCAGCAAUUCAAGGACAUUUUUUGGACUUUUGGAGAUUUAAUGUGAAACCAUUUUUUAAAGCGUUUUUUGGAGAGAGGAACUUGGACUUACCCACUGUAUUUGAAAACGUGUUUAUUUUUGCAGGUAGAUCAGUAGGGUCAAUUCUUGAAAUUCUUGAAUCUAGGGUCAUUCUUUUGAAUGUAAAAAUACAGAAUAUAAAAAAGCAACAAAAAAAAAAAGAGCACUUUGCUUAUUAGACAAGCGGUACUAUUUCAGUUGUCCAAUAGAAGUAUCAGCGUUCAGCAAAGCAAUUGUGAUUUUCUUUAAAAAAAAACAAACAAAAAAACAAUAUUUGAUAGUCCUGUCUUAGCGUUGCCAUUGCAAUUAAGCAGGACGUGAAAUCCCAAAGAGUCACUUGCAUAUAUAGAUUUUUAUAUUGCGAGUUUGUAAUUAUUUAUUCACAUAAAUAAUAUUUUCUCUUCUUUUGGGAGAGUUCUUAUAUAGCUUUAUAUGCAGACAUUUUUCAUACGUCAGACACUCUUCUUUUCAAGAGUUCGCUGCGUACCAAGUGUGAGUUAAUCACACACAGGCCAAAAUCUCGAAAGUUCUUGAAACAGCAGAACUGUUUACAUCAAAGGGCAUUUCCUUGAAGCCUAUCAGAGAAAGAAACGAGGAGAACUUUUUUAUUUUUAAGGAAAAAAACAAACAAAAACAUUCAGGAAGAAGCUUGAAGCCAUGGCAACUGUGAGAACAGAGAACCUGACCUCUGUCAUGGGACUGGGCAAACCGAACGGCCAGCUCAGGGGACCAUCCAUGCCUGCUACACUGCAGUCUAUUGCCAAACAGCAGGCCAAGCCAUCCAGCGACGCCCAGAGCGGAAGCACCAUACCCCAGACCAGCGAUGGCAUUCGGUUUGGAGAUGACUGGAAGAAGUGCCUGCAGCUACCACCAAAAGACACCCGAAUGAGAACCUCAGAUGUGACCGCCACCAAGGGGAAUGAGUUUGAAGACUACUGCCUGAAGCGCGAACUACUGAUGGGCAUCUUUGAGAUGGGUUGGGAAAAGCCCUCUCCGAUUCAGGAGGAGAGCAUUCCUAUCGCCCUGUCAGGCAGGGACAUCCUUGCUAGGGCCAAGAACGGCACGGGGAAGAGCGGCGCCUACCUCAUCCCUAUGCUGGAGAGGAUAGACAUCAAGAAGAACCACGUCCAGGCUAUGGUGCUGGUGCCCACGCGUGAGCUGGCCUUGCAGGUGAGCCAGAUCAGCAUCCAGAUCAGUAAGCACCUGGGCGGGGUGAAGGUCAUGGCCACCACGGGAGGCACCAACCUGAGGGAUGACAUCAUGCGCCUGGACGAGACAGUCCAUGUCAUCAUCGCCACGCCAGGCAGGAUCCUGGAUCUCAUCAAGAAAGGCGUUGCCAAAGUGGACAAAAUUCAGAUGGUGAUAAUGGAUGAGGCGGACAAACUUCUCUCUCAGGACUUUGUGACCCUCAUCGAGGACAUCAUUAGCUUCAUGGACAAGAAGCGGCAGAUCCUGCUGUACUCUGCCACUUUCCCCGUCACUGUGCAGAAGUUUAUGAUGAAACAUCUGCAGAAGCCAUAUGAGAUCAACCUGAUGGAUGAGCUCACCUUGAAGGGCAUCACACAGUAUUACGCCUACGUUACGGAGAGGCAGAAAGUGCACUGUCUGAACACGCUCUUCUCCAGGCUGCAGAUCAACCAGUCCAUCAUCUUCUGCAACUCCACCCAGAGAGUGGAGCUCCUGGCCAAGAAGAUCACCCAGCUGGGCUACUCCUGCUUCUAUAUCCACGCCAAGAUGAUGCAGGAGUACAGGAACCGUGUCUUCCACGACUUCAGGAAUGGGUUGUGCAGAAAUCUGGUCUGCACAGAUCUUUUCACCAGGGGAAUUGAUAUCCAGUCUGUCAAUGUUGUCAUCAACUUUGACUUCCCCAAAAAUGCAGAAACGUACCUGCAUCGCAUUGGCAGAUCAGGUCGUUAUGGUCACCUGGGCCUGGCCAUCAACCUGAUCACGUCGGAGGAUCGCUUCAACCUCAAAGGCAUCGAGGACCAGCUGGUGACCGACAUCAAGCCCAUUCCGGCCACCAUCGAUAAGAGCCUCUACGUGGCCGAGUUCCAUUCCAUUGACCCGGACGCGGAUGAGGAGGAGCAGGAGGCUGCACGCAAAGCAGCAGAGGCCAACGCGCAUUGAAGAUGGCUGGUACUGCAAGGAGAUGGCUGGCAUUUGAGCUGAAGUGGGCUAUACAUGAAUGUCUAUUUUUAGAUUUUUUUUUUUCUUUUCCCAUGAGGACUUUAUUUCCCACCUGGAAAAUUGACAGUUUUUUUUAAUUAUUAUUUUUAUUUUGUCAACAAAGGAAUCAGCCUCUAAACAGCAGCGUCCUGUGAAUCAUUGCUUGAGAGCUGCCAGAUUUUCUUUUUUCUCUUUACUCGACCAUUUUGUAGCCUCUUGUUUUCUGUCAAAUUUGACCAUGUUUGAUGAAGUUUACUUUUCUUUUGAUCCCCUUCAAAUGUUUCCCGCUUGUACUUGUACCUAAAGCUACAGUGCUGUCUUCACCAUGAUUGUCUGUACUGUAUGUGUGUAUGUUUUUAGUUCCUUAUGACUUCUUUUUUUUCCCCUUUUCUCUGUUGGUGUGAGCGGUUUCAUCCAGAUCAUUCACUUUUUAAAGUUGAAAGACACUUUAUGUGCAACUUUUAAGCACAUAUCACUUAGGCCUAGGCCACAUGGUUUCCCCUAUAAUGGUCUAGUUUUAUAGUCCAUUAGUUCGGGUACAAAUCCCACCGUUGACUCCCUGUACAGAAACUGUGUCUCUCUACGGGUCAGUGAUGUAUGGCUACUCAAAGCCAUCUUCUUCAAUCACUACUUCCAACACUUGUUUGCUGUUUCACACUCUGCUCUCUCUCUCUCUCUCUCUCUCUCUCUCUCUCUCUCUCUCUCUCUCUCUCUCUCUCUCUCUCUCUCUCUCUCUCUCUCGUGCGCGUGCGCCAGUCAGACUUUUCUCAAGUGCCUUAAUCAGUUCUUCCAUUCUACCAUUCCCUCUCUACGCUACCCUAAGCUAGCUAAGCUGAGGAGGGAUGUUCAAGACUAAUGACUGGAAGGAGGUUAACGCUUGGUCCACCCCUUGUGAAAGUAUACUAUACUGUGGCAUUAUUUGGCAUGUUCACUUGGGAAGAUAUGUGAUGUGUGGCAGCUGUUAGGGUACAUGGAUUUUUUUUUUAUUUUUUUUUGACACUGAGGUCGUAAAAUGGUUCAGUCUGACCAAAUUAUCUACUUUCAGUUAUGAGUGAAAAAAAGGGUGCUGAAUUGAAAAAAAGGUAUAUGUUGACACAGGAAAAUGUAAGACUAUUCAUCAAUGUGACCUACCACUGCCAGCCUGUAAUUCUUUAACGCUUUGGAAAAGAAAUAAAGUUCAUCUUCUUUCCCCA